CAACGGUCGGCGAGUGAAUUCAAUUCCGUAAAAAACGUUUCGAGCGGCGGACGCGUGCAGCGGACGAAAAUAAAACACGGAGAGCGAGCGGCGAGUGCGGAGGCAGAAAACAGCAAACAGAAAACUAGAAAACUAGAAAAACAGAGACCUAGCAAAGCAGAAUAACUGUAAAACUCAAACUCAAAGACUCAAGGCACACUUGAAGAAAAACUCGCUUCAGCCGUUGCGCGAAAGAUCGCGAGUGUGUAAACAAGGCAGCAGUAACCACUUUUUUUUUGCCGUGUGAGUGCAAGGAAGAGAGAGUAAGCGAGGCAAAGAAUGGAUCGCGAGCUGAACGGGGCGAUGAGGAGCGUGUCCAUAAAUAGCGCCCAACAGAACGGUCACAACAGCGCCGUCGGGGGCGGCGGUCGGGACGAGACGGACCGCGUGGGCGUGGCCCCGGGGGCGGCGGCACUGAGCGGUGCACCGGCGGCGACCACAAAGUUGGGCGCCACAAGCACAGCCACAAGCGCUGGCAAAACGACAGCAGCCGCCGCCACCACAACAAAUUCAACUCACAGCAACAGCAACAGCAGCCCGCAGCAAAUUGCACUCUUGUCCGCUGCAGAGAAAACCAAGAUGGUGCACGAGUUAUGUCAGCAGCUGCUUUUGACGGACGAGCAGGUCCAGGAGCUGUGCUACCGCAUCCUGCACGAGCUGCGCCGCGGCCUGGCCAAGGACACGCACCCCAAGGCGAACGUCAAGUGCUUCGUGACCUACGUGCAGGACCUGCCCAACGGCAAUGAGCGGGGCAAGUUCCUGGCCCUCGAUCUGGGGGGCACCAACUUCCGGGUGCUGCUCAUCCACCUGCAGGAGAACAACGACUUCCAGAUGGAGUCCCGCAUCUAUGCCAUACCGCAGCACAUCAUGAUCGGCAGCGGCACACAGCUGUUCGAUCACAUCGCCGAGUGCCUGUCCAACUUCAUGUCGGAGCACAAUGUGUACAAGGAGCGGCUGCCGCUGGGCUUCACCUUCUCCUUCCCGCUGCGCCAGCUGGGCCUGACCAAGGGUCUGCUGGAGACCUGGACCAAGGGCUUCAACUGCGCCGGCGUGGUCAACGAGGACGUGGUGCAGCUGCUGAAGGACGCCAUCGCCCGGCGCGGCGAUGUCCAGAUCGAUGUGUGCGCCAUCCUCAACGACACCACCGGCACCCUGAUGAGCUGCGCCUGGAAGAACCACAACUGCAAGAUCGGCCUCAUUGUGGGCACGGGCGCCAACGCCUGCUACAUGGAGCGCGUGGAGGAGGCGGAGCUGUUUGAGGCCGAGGAUCCCCGCAAGAAACACGUCCUCAUCAACACGGAGUGGGGCGCCUUCGGCGACAACGGGGCCCUGGACUUUGUGCGCACCGAGUUCGAUCGGGACAUCGAUGUGCACAGCAUCAAUCCCGGCAAGCAGACGUUCGAGAAGAUGAUCUCGGGCAUGUACAUGGGCGAGCUGGUGCGCCUGGUGCUGGUGAAGAUGACCCAGGCGGGCAUUCUGUUCAACGGACAGGACUCGGAGGUCCUCAACACCCGCGGCCUGUUCUUCACCAAGUACGUGAGCGAGAUCGAGGCGGACGAGCCGGGCAACUUCACCAACUGCCGCCUGGUGCUGGAGGAGCUGGGCCUGACCAAUGCCAGCGACUCGGACUGCGCCAACGUGCGGUACAUCUGCGAGUGCGUCUCGAAGAGGGCCGCCCACCUGGUCUCCGCCGGCAUCGCCACGCUGAUCAACAAGAUGGACGAGCCCACGGUGACGGUGGGCGUCGAUGGCAGUGUGUACCGCUUCCAUCCCAAGUUCCACAACCUGAUGGUGGAGAAGAUCUCGCAGCUGAUCAAGCCGGGCAUCACCUUCGACCUCAUGCUCUCCGAGGACGGCUCGGGCCGUGGGGCGGCCCUGGUGGCCGCCGUCGCCUGUCGCGAGGACAUACUCAACAGCAAGAAGUAGGAGGAGCACCAGCAGCAGCAGCAGCAGCAGCAGCAGCAGGAGGAGGAGUCGCUGGAGCAGCUGGAGCAGCAGGAGCAGUCCUAGGAGAAACAGCACCACGUACACACCACAGACACACCGACAGACACAGAACCUAGUAAACGGCCACGGUGGCGUAUGCGUAAUAGUUACAGUAGAGCCUCGCCAACUCGCAGCGGCCCCCAAAAUGUCGCCCAGAAAAAUACAAAAAAAGCUGCCACGAAGAAAAGUAAUCAAAGAACCCAUUCACGUCGUACGGGGCAUUUGCGGGCUGGCCUGGCCUCUGAUUAGUAUUUUAAUUAGGCAAAAACCAGGUUUUUAACAAGAAACGUAACAGAAGAGCCCCACUAAGAGACGCUCUAUCUCCUUCUCUCCUAGUUAAACGAAACCGAAACAAAAACGCUAUGCUUAAUGAUUAUGGAUCGAUUUUCGAUUUUUGUUGAAAAUUUGUUAUGCUAUUAUAUACAUUUCUAUAUAUAUAUAUAUAUUUUACAAAAGCCAUAAUAUACACACACGAAAACAAGAGGUAUAUAUAGUACAAUUUGAGAAGCGAAUUUCAUUUCGAUUGAGACAAAACACUUUUUUUGGCGAAACCCCCGCCCAAACCCGAAAAGCCCGUGAAGAGCGCCGAAAACGGAGAUACUUAAAGCGAGCGGGAGGAGAAACUGUUAUACUACUGUGCUACAAGCAUUCUAGCAUAUCCUGCAGGACAACGGAAAGGGAAACUGUAAAGCGCACACUGUUGGAGCAGAGGCAAGGCGAAAGCGAAGCAAGAACGAAGGAGCAACAAAACAGCCGCCGAACGGGAGACAGAAAGGGAGGGAGCGCGAGAGAGGGAGAGGGGCAUACUAGGUAGUGCUACCGUGUCCUUUCUCUAACUGUAAAUGUUUAUAUAGAACCUAUUACGAAGCGUUAUAAUAAUACGUUAUGAUAAUACUGCAUACAUAUAUAUUUACAUAUAUAUACAUAUAAAUACGAUAUAUUUAGCCACUAUAUUACUGAUUUUUGUAAUGUAUUGCUUGUCUUGUUUAGUGAAUGUGUUUGUUGUUAACUUAAGCAGGUAAAACUAAACAAACUUUUUUUUCCUUCGGUAUAGAAACGCACUUUGCGAGCUAUUAUUUAUGUAAUUGUACAUUUGACCUAGUUUAGUGUUUAGUUCUUAUCUUAGUUUCUAAAUGUCGUCGGAGAAGCCCGCAAUACAUCCCCCAUAUGUGCCCACCCGAAAACCACCCCACAGAUCCCUUAAUUAUAUUUAGUUAUUGUUUACGAACGACAGCAGCGGAGGAGUGCGAGGAGCAAGGCAAAUAAGCGAAAUGAAAGUGAAAAGCAAAUAAAAUUUGUUCUUAAUUCAUA